AUGGCCGAGUAUGCAUUCAUGCACACGGCUGCACCGUGGCUCCAGCAUGGCUCUGGCAGCAUGACGCCCUCUCGACUGCGGUCGCUGAGCCCCAUGCCGGCGAAGAAGGAAGUCACGAGAUCCAUCUCAACACCACAUCUCGCCAGAGCCGCCAACGAGAGCGACGGCAUGAAUACGAUCCCAGACCCUCGAACACCCACGCCUCAGCCGCCCAUUUCGCGCCACAAUUCGAGCGACUCGCACCCAGACUUCAGCCAGGAGGUCUCGACGCUCAGCACGAAGCUUAUCAAUGCAAUUAACCACUCGACCAUGCUCGACGACUCGCUGCAGCAAACACGGCAUGAGCUGGAGGCCGCGAAGAAGUGCCUAGCGCAGCUGGAGGUGCAGGUGAAGGAUCACGAACAGAAGGUAGCGCGCGGUCUGCUGGUCGAAAAGGUUGUGUACGAUAAGAUGGAGCGCCAGAUGUCGACAGAGCUGCAGGAAGAGCGCAAACGUCGGGCAGAGGCGGAGAGAUUGAAGCGCAACACAGACAGCGAGGUCGAGCAGCUGACCGCUGCCCUUUUCGAGGAAGCCAAUGUGAUGGUGGCAGCAGCACGUAAAGAAACAGAAGCUUCUGACAAGCGCGGCGAGCAGCUGAAGCAGCAGCUUGGCGAUGCUGAAGUACUGCAGCAUUCACUACAAGAGCAGCUACAAGACCUCAAAGGCGUCAUGGAGAAGAUGAGCUCGCAUGGCGACGACAACGAAAGCAACAUCCUCGCAACAACAACCGCACCGUCGACGCCUGGCAUCACCUCUGCCGACAAGAUGCAGAAUCCGCUCGAAGCGACCCACCUGACGCCUAACACGCCAGGCUCAGAAGAGUUCAGCCCUGAUCACCCGCUCCACUUCUCCCACCUCAUCCACCCGAUCCUGCGGUCUGACCUGAUAGCGUUUGAAGAGUUCCAGGCCAUGCUCAGGACCGUCCCUCGCUCAGGACCUUCAAGCCGUGUGUCGAGCGGGAACUACAGCAGUUUGAACGUCCUGGGUCUGGGAUCACUGACGAACAGCUCGACAACGUCUUUACCGUCCUCGAUCAAAUCGCCCACCAACGGCAACCAAUCGCCGCGGGAGCCGGUAGCUAGUCAAGCGUUGACAAAUCUGAAGGACGAGAAGUUCUACAAGCGUGCGCUCGCUGAGGACAUUGAGCCUACACUGCGACUGGACAUCGCCCCAGGGCUGUCGUGGAUGGCGCGCCGUACCGUCGUCAGCAGCAUCACGGCUGGAUCACUUGUUGUGGAGCCAAACCCAACAUCGACAUCUAGAUUCCGCGCACCCAUACUGCCAUGCUCGUUAUGCGGAGAGAGCAGGAAGGGGGAUCAGUAUGCGAGGAAGUACCGCUUCAAGACCGCAGACAACGAAGAUUCGCAAAGGUACCCGCUAUGCGACUGGUGUCUGGGCCGAGUGCGGGCGACGUGUGACUACAUUGGGUUUUUGCGCAUGAUCGCCGCAGGACAUUGGCGUGCCGAGACAGACGAGGAGAAGAAGCAUGCGUGGGAGGAGAGCGUGCGACUACGCGAGCGCAUGUUCUGGAACCGCAUCGGUGGUGGUGUGGUACCAGCCUUCAUUCCCAUGCGCGACAGCCCACGCAGCCCGACGUUUGCCAACAGGGAAAAGACCCGAACGAGCGAGGAGUCAAGCCAGUCGAUCGAGAUCGCUGUGGAGGCGCCGAAGAGCGAAGAGGACCCAUUCCAAGCUACGAGCGCAGAGAAGGAGAAGCGCGUGUCGAUUGGCAAGACGCUUAUCUCGCCGGAGCUCAAGGAGACGCUCACGCAAGAAGAGGAGAAGCAUGUUGAGGAGAUGGUGGAGAAGCAGCUCCAGACCGAAGUGCGCAGAUCGCUCGACGCCAAGACGGUCAUGGAGAAACCGACGCUGCAGCGCCAGCGGUCGCACUCGAAUCCACCUCCCACGCCGCCGCGGAAGAAGGACGAGCGGCUCAGUCUGACGAUUCCGGGGGCGUUUGAGUAG